ACAAAUAAUUUGAGGAUGCUUGUAUUACUACUGACGGUGUUCCUACUUAAAGUCACUCUCUGUUGGAUAAAUGACGACUCCAGACGGAGUGGGAUGUUCAAAGAGAACCACACCAAAAUUCAUUGGUUCAGCGAAGGGGGUGACAUGUAUGUGACACUGAAGGACACGGAGACACUGUACUGUUUUCUAGAAGUGUACACUAGAGCAACGCCAGACGCCAGAAAGUUUCGCAAGCUGAGGGCUAGUCUAGGAACGGUGGCGGAGAGAGACACUGCCACACUCAGCUUGGUGGACCGCCACCUCGGCAAGCUCUGUCAAGAUUCAGUCCUCCUUACUUCAGAAACAGAGUGGGAAUAUGUAACCAAUGGGAUAGAUCGAAUGAGGAGGUUGGUGGAGACCAAAGUUGAGAAGAAGCGUAGGAGAAAAGGACGUCAAGGAGGAGGAAGUAAGAGGAAGAAGAAGUCGACAAAGAGAUGCCCUGCAAAGAGGACUCCACAGUGCAGUGUGCUACAUGAAUGGCAUGAGAAACACCUGCAAUACCACCAGGUGAUGGACGCUAAGCUUCUCAAACAAGUCAACGAGAGACCUUGCAGAUGCCGUCACAACACAGGAACCCGAAUACCGUGCGGCAGUAAGAUGUGCUUCAACAACGGCAUCCAACAGCCGUGCGGCGUACGCUACUGCGACAACCUUGUUUUUGAUUUCUGUGCCGAGAGUCGCACAGAAUGUGUGCCUGAGAAACUGUUAGCCGACUAUGUCAUAGAUAACCUGAAGCGCUGAACGGUGCACGUGUGACCGUGCGGCGCGACACGGCUUUUACCCUCCCAGCUGACUGCUCGGAAGUGUUGGUACGAUUUGUUACGACGAUGUUAUUAUGAGUUUGACAACAGUUAGUUGUUAAGUCUGACGACCGUGUAAAGAACGUAAAGACUGAUCGUAGGCUCCGGAAGACGAGUGAGAGCCAAUGUAAAGAAUAAAAGAACUCUUAGGGUAUAGGAAUAGCAGCCAAUUCUCAGAAUCUAGCCCCGAAUUCAGGACAUGAUAUGCCUCUUUUUAUUUAUAUCUAGGAUAAUCGUGUGAAAAUCAGACUUCUAAUGUAGUUCAGUUUCAUAGGACUACUAUGGAUCGUUAAUUAUUGUCACAGUUUGCACAUUUUUGUUCAUUUACAUUACGUCAUGCAAGCAUGAACUGACCAUUCUGCCAUUUGUUAUACACUAUGAAUCGGAUGUACCUCAUGGGCCAUUAUUUGAAAGGUCUUAAUUUCAAUCGGUUCUUAAAUUAGCGGAGGAAUUUAGUUCAGCUUCAAACUUGCAUUAAUAAUCAAUCGAAAGAUUAUUAAAGUGUAACAGAUCCUCAAAUCUUAUAAAUAUUUUAUUCAUUCACUUGAUUGAGUACUGAGUAACACUAACGCUACAUACAAAUUUGGAUUGAUAUUGUCGCCCUCUUCUUAGGUGAAUUUAAAUUGGAAGGCAAGGGUUUCAACUUUCAAUUUUUAAGACCAUUUGAAUAAAGACCGAUGAGGUACUGACUAAUUUUCAUAAGGGAAAUUUUGCAUAAUUAUGUUGUAUAUAUAUUUUAGAAGUUACAUCCACCAUCGGAUAGUCUUAGUGAGACAGGAAUGAAAUCUUAAAGCUUGUUUCUUCACUUUAUAUUUGUUUAAUUUUGAUAUAAACGGCUGAAGAGAACUUCUCGGAUUCUCAAGUUGAGCGCUGGAACGUAGAUUUGAUUAACGAGUUGAACGUUGUGAACUUGUUUAAGGAAACGUUAAACUAUUAAUUUAAGAAGGGUGCCCAAACACAGCCUACUUCAUUGUCAUUUCACCCCCUGAAAGGACGCAGCAAUAUAUUCAUACCCACCUCACCAACCCUAAAUGCCUUCUAUUUUUAACGAAACGCCCCCAUAAUUACGUGAUAUUAUGUGAUUAAUUUUGUUUAAUUGUUUGGGCACCUUAACACAUUUUCAAUGAUUUUAUUGAAGCUAAGUUAACUUUUUACUAACCUUUAUGUAUUUGAUGGCUUUCUUACGAUAGCCAAACUUACGAUAGAAACUGAGAUUUAAAACGGGGCCUCAAACAGAAAUACAGCACUGAAACAGCCAAGUAAGUGUUGUAUAAAAGCUGUUAUCGAGGCCCAAUUAAGUCUCUUUGAUAAGAGUCACGCCCUGUUGACUAAUAGUAUUACUGAAAACAGGUGCCGAAAUUGACACCUAGCUGGACUUGUAUAUCAGUCCUAAAGUGCUUACCAAUCUUAUCGAGUCAGCGAUUCGUUUUUAUUGAGAAGUUUUGAUGUUAAAUUUGUUUGAACCUUUUAUGUAA